AUGUUGCAGUGUGAACAGUCUGUGGCUUCCUGUUUUCAUGUGUUUGGCAGUUCAGGCAGAUGGCGGACGGGACGGUGUGCAUCCACACUAAAGAGGCUUUCAUCAAAUCAUGCUCUGAAGCCACUGUUUCCCACUUUCUGCGUGGUGGUUUUGAUCCUUUAUGGCCUGGCUGACAAACUGAGAAACUUUGUGGUCGGCAUCUUCAUCCCGCAGUAUCACUACCCGUACCCUGUGGCUUUCUGCUUCGCCCAGGUUCUGGUGUCUCUCUUAUUCUUGAAUCUCCUUCAUGUCCUGGAUCUGGUCCCAAUCAAAAAUUACUCCAGAUCUCUGGGUGAGAGACUGCUUCUGCCUGCUAUCUGUGGCAGUGUUCAAGGUGUGCUGGCUAUGUGGGCCAAAGCCAGCAGCUUGUACGCCAGUCUUUUCCUCCUCACUGUUCCACUUCUGCCCCUGGUCACCGUGGGCUUCAGUUUCACCCUGAAGCUAGCGUGUCCACCAUCUAUUCAUUCCUUUGUUUUGAUUUCCAUUUUGAGUGGGACGUUUAUUAUCCUCACAGCAUCCAAAGGUUUCCCAGCGAUCGAUCCUCUGGAGUGCUUGUAUGCACCUGCGGCUUUGAUCCUGCACAGUCUCUCUCUGAUUGGCUUGGCUAAAGUGUCUGAAGCUGAGCGCCACCAAGCCUCUGUGUUUGACAUCUACUACGUCCAGCUGGUCAACCAGAGUGGGGUGCUGGGCCUUCUGUGGCUGCUGCACCCGGACAGUCCCUGGCAGGUGUUGAGGCACAGCAGCUGGCAAAACCUGCUGUUCCACGGAUACCUGCUCGCCAUUGUCCUGCUGGGGAUGGUCCUCAACUUCCUGGUGAGCGUCGCUGCUCUUUGUGUCUCUCCACUUGCUGCUGCAGUGCUUUUUUCAGCAAGACAGGUGGCACAUCCAUUUUUACAGCUUCUGUAG